UGUAGUAGGUACGAGGUGUCGCACGUAAGGGCACACACAGGGCGGUUCAUGAAUGGGCAGUGGGAGGGCCCAUCGUCAGUCUUUACCAGUCGGCCGUGGGUUAAAAAAAAGUGGGUGUUGAGUUGUAGUUUUGUUUUGGCUCGCAAUGUUUUCGCAAUGUUAUUGAACACAUGACACCGCGCAUUCAGACGGCACGGAGAGGGGCGUUCAUCCAUCGGCUGCCCGGCGCAGGCCAGCCGCGGUGCAGUUAACGGCAGACCCGCAGCAGCAAGAGGAGUCUCGCCUGCGAGUCAACCAUGGGUUUCCGCAAGAAGAACAAGAGCCCGCCGAUGCUCAGCCACGAAUUUAUUAUCCAAAACCACGCCGACAUGGUUUCUUGCCUGGCUAUGACCAUCCUCCUGGGCCUGAUGUUCGAGGUCACAGCAAAGUUUGCCAUCAUGUUCAUCACAGUCCAGUACAAUGUCACACAAGUUCUUGGUGAGAAGAACGACCCAGUGAACUUUUACCAUUAUGGCCCAAAAGAUGUGGCGACUGUGUUUUUUUAUCUCCUCAUCGCCAUCAUUCUUCAUGCCCUCAUCCAAGAAUAUAUUUUGGAUAAAAUUAACAGGAGGCUGCAUCUGUCAAAAACCAAACACAGCAAGUUCAAUGAAUCAGGGCAACUGGCGGCAUUCUACCUGUUUUCCUUCAUCUGGGGCUGCAGCAUCCUGACAGCAGAGGACUUUGCAAAAAACCCAACUUUCCUAUGGGAGGGUUAUCCACACACUCACAUGGUUUUUCAGGCCAAGUUUUUCUAUGUAUGCCAAAUUGCUUAUUGGCUUCACACACUUCCUGAACUCUACUUUCAAAAAGUACGCAAGGAGGAUAUCCCCCGCCAACUCUACUAUAUUUGCCUCUAUGUUGUUCACAUCACUGGUGCCUAUGUCCUACAUCUCCACCGACUCGGACUGUUGUUGCUGGUCCCUCACUACUUAGUGGAGCUGCUCUUUCACGCCUCUCGUCUCUUCUACUUCAGUGAUGAGAACAAGCAGAAGGGUUUCACGCUGUGGGCUUUGCUUUUUGUCAUUGCCCGACUGCUUACUCUCACCCUCUCUGUCCUGACAUUUGGCUUCGGAUUGCCCCGGAUAGAAAACCAAGGCUUUUCACUUGUGAAAGGCAACUUUAAUGUCCUCACUGUAAGGAUGACAUGUUUGGCAGCCAUCUGCCUGACUCAGGCUUGGAUGAUGUGGAAGUUCAUCAAUUUCCAGUUAAAGAAGUGGAGGGAACACAAUCAAAACCAGGCCUCAAAGAAGAAGACAAGCAGCCCAAAGAGCAAACCUCAUAAAAGGGAACUCAUAAGGGGAGGAGCCACCAAUGGAAUUGUGAAGCCUGAUGAGAGGACAUCACCACGCGCGAGGAAAGCUAAAAACUCAUAAACGCAGAGCAUCCGUUUACCGCUCGCUAAACAAAAUCACACAACAAACCUCACAUAGCUGUCUCUUUUGACGAUCACAUUCCCUUUGCAAGACUUGUUCUGGGUGAAAACAUGCAGGACCGACUUGGUUUUGAUGCUUUAAACCAAUAUCACUUGUAUAUUUUUGUGUACAAGUACAGUAGUACCUCAACGUAGGAGCUUAAUUAGUUCUGUGACAGGGCUCUUAACUCCAAACACUUGUAUAUGAACUCAACAUUGUAACAUUGAAAAUAAUUGCAAUGUUGGCAAUUUUAUCUUAAUUAUUGGUCAUUUUGUGUGCGCAGCUCAAUCACUUUCCUUUUUUGCAAAUGUUCUUCUUCCCUCUCCUGCAGUUGUUUUCUAUCGUCUGCUUACUUUCUCUACGGCACAAACCCCUGAACAAGCUGAUGUGGGGUCCAUGUUUUAUCGUGUAGUAACCUCUGCUUUGUUCAUUUACAAAAUCGUCGAGCCACGUUUAUACUGGAGUCUGAUAAAGAUCACAUGUAAACCAAACAGUCAUCGGGUAAAAAAUCAGAUUUUGAAAUAGAAGACAUUUGUUCCACUUUGGCCUGCCCUGUAAACAUAGUCCGUCCGUCCGUUUUCAACCGCUUGUCCCUUUCGGGGUGGCUGGUGGUGCUGGAGCCUAUCUCAGCUGCAUUCAUGCGGAAGGCGGGGUACACCAUGGACAAGUCAUCUCAUCGCAGGGCCAACACAGAUAGACAACACAGAUAGACAGACAACAUUCACACUCACAUUCACACACUAGGGCCAAUUUAGUGUUGCCAAUCAACCUAUCCCCAGGUGCAUGUCUUUGGAGGUGGAAGGAAGCCGCAGUACCCGGAGGGAACCCACGCAGUCACGGGGAGAACAUGCAAACUCCACACUGAUUGAACUCAGGACCUUUGUAUUGUUAGGCACAUGCACUAACCCUUGUCCUACUGUGCUGCCAUAAACAUAGUCUUAGAUAAGACAGAGUAUAAAAAAUUACAAUAAAUGUGCUACUAACAACUACUUUAUGAAGUAAUGUUAUGAUAAUGUACAGUAUUACCUUAGAGAGUGGACUUCUACAGUAACUCCUUCCAGCUACUUUGCCGUCAAACACACCAUAAGCAGCUUCUACAUAUUUUCAUGGAUAAAUGUUUGCUGUUUAGAUAUUAUUUCAACCUCCUAGUCUGGCUUUAGACUCUUUCAAUCAAUCAAUUAAUCCAUCCAUCAAUCAAUCUUUGUUUUGGCAUUGUCAUAAUAACAUCAGUUAUACUUGUCAUUAAUAUUUUUUUAACAUAUUGUAGCUACACAGGAAAGUGCAGAGGUGGUGCAGGUACUUCUGGUACAGCCAUAGACAGCACAAUUGCAGUAGUUUUUGUAGCACGGUGUAGACUAGCAGUAAUACGCUUGAAUUGCUACUACAAGUGGAGCACACACUGUCAUGUUUUUGAUGAUUUUUUUCUUUAAUUCAGUGAAUAACAGCCACUUAUUCUUCUCAGCACUGUCCUUCAUGCUCACUUUCUUACUUCCCAUUGUUGGAAAACAAAGUAGUGCCAAUCUCCAGGUAAACACUAAUGCUAAAGAGUAAGACCAGGGGCCUCAUGUAUUAAAAGUUGUGUUAAUUUCCUACAAAAAAAUUGUGUAUGCUCAAAUCUAGAAAAAUUUUGCGCGUAAAUAGUUCCAGACCAAAGCAUGCAUUUACCCAUGCAUACAGUGGGGCAAAAAAGUAUUUAAAAUGAAGACA